AAUCUAUUUGUAUUUUACACCAUUGAAUUACCCCAAGGUCCCCAUCACAGACACUAACCGUUAAUAAAUAUGUUGACACAUUCGAAAGAAUCGAAGCCCCUUCACCACCGCUCUCCUCCCCUUCCAUUCCAACAACAUGGCCACCGCUCAACUCUUGAACCCCUCCUCCCCCCUCCACCACAACCGCCGCAGCCUCAAAGCAUGCACCUCCACGCCUCCAAUCACCACACUCCCUCCACUCCCGCCGCCAAUCCCCGCCGCCAAAUUCUCCGCCAAGUACGUCCCCUUCACCUCCAUCUCCGGCAACACCCCCACCAGCGAGUCCUACUCCCUGGACGAAGUCAUCUACCGCAGCCGCGACGGCGGUCUCCUCGACGUCCAGCACGACAUGGAUGCCCUCCGCCGCUUCGACGGCCACUACUGGCGCUCCCUCUUCGACUCCCGCGUCGGCACCACGCGCUGGCCCCACGGCUCCGGCGUCUGGUCGAAGAAGGAGUGGGUCCUCCCCGGCAUCGACGAUGGCGACAUCGUCUCCGCCUUCGAAGGCAACUCCAACCUCUUCUGGGCCGAGCGCUUCGGCAAGCAAUUCUUGAACAUGAAGGAUUUGUGGGUCAAACACUGCGGCAUCAGCCACACCGGCAGCUUCAAAGAUUUAGGCAUGACCGUGCUGGUCAGCCAGGUCAACCGCCUCCGCAAAUUGGAUAGCCGCUCCCUCGCAGGAGUCGGCUGCGCCUCCACCGGCGACACCUCCGCCGCGCUCUCCGCCUACUGCGCCGCCGCGGGGAUCCCCUCCAUCGUCUUCCUCCCGGCCAACAAGAUCUCCAUGGCGCAGCUGGUGCAGCCAAUCGCCAACGGCGCCUUCGUGCUCAGCAUCGACACCGAUUUCGACGGCUGCAUGAAAUUAAUCAGAGAAAUCACCAGGGAGCUGCCGAUUUAUCUAGCCAAUUCGUUGAACAGCCUCCGAUUGGAAGGGCAGAAGACGGCGGCGAUCGAAAUUCUGCAGCAAUUCGACUGGGAAGUUCCCGAUUGGGUGAUCGUCCCCGGCGGGAAUUUGGGGAACAUAUACGCAUUCUACAAAGGAUUCAAAAUGUGCAAGGAAUUAGGGCUAGUUGACCGCAUUCCACGCCUCGUCUGCGCGCAGGCGCGGAAUGCGAAUCCGCUCUACCGCUACUACGCCUCGGGGUGGAGGGAGUUCGCUGCGGUGAAGGCGGAGACGACGUUUGCCUCCGCCAUUCAGAUAGGGGAUCCGGUCUCCAUCGACAGGGCGGUGCACGCGCUGCGGAGCUGCGAGGGGAUCGUGGAGGAGGCGGCGGAGGAGGAGCUGAUGGACGCCAUGGCGCUGGCGGACUCCACCGGGAUGUUCGUCUGCCCGCACACCGGCGUCGCGCUGGCGGCGCUGAUGAAGCUGCGGAGGAACGGGACGAUCGCGGCGGGGGAUCGAGCGGUGGUGGUGAGCACGGCGCAUGGAUUGAAGUUUACGCAGGCGAAGAUUGAUUAUCAUUCCGGCCGGAUUCCGGAGAUGGCGUGCCGACAUGCGAAUCGGCCGGUAACAGUGAAGGCAGAUUUUGGAGCGGUGAUGGAUCAGCUCAACAAGUUCUUGUCUCAGAGCAGAUGAUCACACGUGCCCAAUAUUGCUGCUGUCUAAUUUGCCACGUUUUAAAAUCGUGGUUUUUUUAAGAAAAUAAAUUACUACUCCUCUGCAUUCGGAUAUUACAAAUUACUAUUCGGAUAUUACAAAUCGUGGAGUAGUACUAUUUCUCAAGAGUUUUGAAUUUGUGCUUUAGAUUUGAGUUGGGACGCCUCUGCAUUCGGAUAUUACAAAUUACUAUGUAUAGUAUCAUAAAGGUCGCAUGUAGAAAUUUGGUUUUGUGAAUUUGGGAGCAAUUUGUAUGUUAUUUGACGAGGAA